AUGGGAGUGGAUGAGCUUGAGCAGCUAGAACUUCAAGUAGAUACAUCACUGAGGCAAAUAAGAUCCUUAAAGACCCGUUCGAUGCGUGAUCAACUCUCUGACCUCAAAACAAAGGAGGAAAUGAUAUUGGAAACCAACAGAAGUAGUGCUAUCAAAAUCUUAUAUGAAUCAGUCAAGGAGUGGGUAUCUUCAGGCCUUCACAGGGCAAUGUGGCAUUGCAGAUGA